GUGAUUGAUGUCUUAAUUUUGUGUCAUAAUAUGAUAUGCAAAAAUCCCAUAUAAAGACAGCCAGUUCCCUUCGAUAAGGGAGCAUAUCAGCAAGCUCUCAGCCUCAACGUGACAAGCAAACCUGCAAUCUUCACAUUGACAUCUCUUUACAACUCAAUUUCUAUCACCAUGUUGGUAACUAACUCCCUCGAAAUAUGGAGCCUUCUCCUCAGUGCCGCCGCUGUUUUGACAAGCCCAAUUGUCCUCGAAUCUCUGGAUGAGACCCCUGCCGACUGGCAGGAGUCCGACUCACCAGACCCUGAUCAGAUCAUUGAAUUCUCCAUUGGCCUCCAGCCUGAAGAUAGCCAGUCACUUGAUACUGCUCUAUAUGGAGCCCCGGAUCCCGACCAUCCCAAUUACGGCAAAUAUCUCUCUGGAGAAUCUGCUAAAGCCCUCCUCAACCCAUCUAACCAAGCUACCGAGUCCGUCAAGCGUUGGCUUACAGAUGCCGGAAUCCCUGAGCAUCAUGUCCGUGACGAAGAUCUCAGGAUUAGAGACUCAAGAAGAUCGAGAGUCAGCUUCUCUAAGACAUGGUUAGUUUAUCCUCUAGAAUAA